UUUAAGGCUAAACGGUUUGCCUCAAGCCAAUUACAUGGUAAUCUAAACGUUCCCGUUACACCAGUGAUGUUAAUGGGACAAUUGGACAAUGGACUGUUCAUUGUCCAUUGGCUAAGUAAUGGAAAUAGAAAAUGUGUUCAUUGA